AUGGCUCAAGCCGGGCUGCUACCAGCCGAUGAGGUUGGCAGGCUGAUCGACCUUGUGCCUGUUGCCCUGAAGGAAGCCGCGGUCGAUUCCCCUUCGGCACGCGCCACCGUCUUCCAUUAUGGAGAGCAGGUCGACCUGCUCGAGAAGUGGCUCGAUGAAUAUGUGAAGGCCACAAGUCGACUCAUCACCGAAUCCUUGACUCUGGAGAACGUCCUCAAUAACUUCGUCUCCCACUCUAUCCUCCCCACCGCUCUCUCGGAAUCUAUGAUGGACCACGAUUAUAGCGUUCUCGCGAUGAAAAGGUGCGCAGAUGGGGCCAAAGAUUACUGGAUGAGCAUGAUUGCGAUGGUCAAGAGACUCAACUUUAUGGUGAUCGAUCCCAUCAGAAACUUUCUGCAAUAUGAUCUUAGAGUGCUCAAGGAAUCACGCCGGGCUGUUGACUCGACGCAGAAGACAUUCGAACAUCUCCAAGCAAAAUAUGCCGGGCUUGGGAAAUCAAAAGAAGCAUCUUCACUACGAGAGGAAGCUUUCCAACUACACGAAGCCAGGAAGCUAUAUCUGAAAGCAAUGAUGGACUUUAUGAGCAUGGCUCCGCAGUUUCGCUUCGCGGUGGACAAACUUCUGGUCAAACUAUUCUUUGAUCAGUGGCGAGAGAUGCGUUUGUCACGGGAUAAUGCCUCUGCAACAUUUCAGAGGGGUGCAGAAGAAAUGCAAAGAGUCAAAGGUUGGCUGAAUGAAAUGGAAUUAAGCGAAAGAACGUUUCGAAAGGAAUUAAUGACUGCGAAAAGGCAGUUGGAGGAUGCUGCUGAACUACACACAAGGCCAUCGAGGGACUUGGAAGACUAUAGCCUCUCGACGGUUCCUCAAUUUGGUGGGCAUUCCCAAACAGCCAGUGUCUCUACUUUACCGCGGUCUCCUAAGAAGACGUCCUCCCAAAGCGGUGAAAAACAGGGCUGGCUCUUUCUCAGAACAUACAGUGGAAAGCCGACAAGAACAGUUUGGGUCAAACGAUGGGCAUUUAUUCGGAACGGUGUAUUUGGAUGGCUACUUCAUGGUGGAAGGGCAGGAGGGGUGGAAGAAAGUGAGCGGAUCGGUGUUCUGCUAUGCAACGUACGACCUGCUCCUGCCGAAGAACGUCGAUUCUGCUUCGAACUUAAGACAAACAAAAACACCAUUCUCCUGCAAGCUGAAACACAGUCCGAGCUUGUCGAUUGGAUCGGAGCGUUCGAAACAGCCAAGUCGAGGGCCUUGGACGACCCAGAAGCGUCUAAAUCGCUCCAUGGGGGAGGAAAUAUACAAGCCAAUGCCGCUUUCGCCAUAUCACCCCCUCCAGUCCCCGAAUUUGGAACCUUCAUUCUGAGUUCAACGGAGCCUGGUGCCGCAGGAGAUGAUAUUGUUGCUCUAGAGAAGACACACACCCUUCCCGUCCCGGGGAAUGAGCACUUGCGAGACGGAAGUGUGGACAUUGUGCGCCGAUCGACGGCGCUCGACGAAGGAAACCAAGGUGGCCACCGGGAGACUGCCUCUCGAAUCAUAUCAAAGCUUGAUCUGCACAGGAGAGGAACAGCAGGCCCUCAGAUAUCCCCAAGCUCAUCAACACCAAAUCUCCCUGCUGGUGGCAUUGCCAGCUUGAUCGCCGCCAGCCAUGGAUCAAUGCCUGUUGGCCCAAGCCUACCAACGGUACAUGGCACUGAUUCCGAGGCACCCAAACCGAGAAACAACUUCACGCUUGCCUUGCGCGAUAUGCCACCAAGCACUCUCUCUCCGUCCACGUUAGCACCGUCCCCCCUUCAGACCAACCUCAGCAAAUCGGCCGUAAUAGUAACUGGCGAACGAGGACUAAGUCCAGCACCAGGCAAGACUGGCAUUCCAACUAGCUUGCUUGCUAAUAUCUGGGGAACCUCCAAAAGUGCCAUAAUCAACAAACUGGAUCGGGGAGAUCCCAAGAUUCUGCCAGAGCUAAAACUAGGCUUGCAACCGAGCCCUUCACUAAAGCCAUCCUCCUUCCCACCUAAAACCACACCAUCACCGCCCCGUGGUGCUAUUUCUCAUCAGAAUGCAAUAUCCCAACUCGAUCUUACAAUCCCGGCGUCGUCGACUCGUAGUCGCACUCCCUCUCCCAGUAAGAGACACCGAAAAACCAUCAGUGUUGAUCGUGAAGGACUCAGGGAGAUGCGCGCGGAGCUACUCGUUCCCGACUUUCCCGAUUAUUAUCCGCUCCAGCUGAAGUCCCAAGAUGCUCAGUUUCGCCUUCUCUUCCCAAACGUUUGCUAUGACGAGCGGCUUGUGAUGGUAUUCAGAGCAACCUGGAACCCCAGCGAGCAACAGGACUUUCCUGGGCGUAUCUAUGUAACCUCGAGAGAUGUGUACUUUUAUAGUAACCAUCUCGGUUUGGUUCUGACCUCGAGUGUUCCUCUCAGUUCCAUUGAAGAAGCUACGGCAGCACCGGGCAAAGAUUGUGAUUUUAUUUUCCUCCACUUGCGAGAUGGCGGAGGUGAUGGAAGCCCCCGAAGAAUCACGGUCAAGACGUUUCUGGAGCCGCUGCGACUCUUACAGAGACGUCUCAACUUUUUGGUUAGAAACAGUACCAAUAGUGAACCGCUUGGUCUCGAAGGGCUCAUAAAGACUCUACUCAGGAUGGAGACGGACGCUCCAGAUCGUAGUCCGAGUCUAGAAAGCUGGGAAGAUGUCUCUCCAAACACACCGGUUGAUACUGGGGGCCCGCGCUAUCGAGGUAGAGCUUCGACGCUUGGAACAGAAAUGAAAACCCAGAUAAGAGUUGACAGAGCUUUGCAGCAAGGGCCUCUCGGACGACGAGAAUCCAAGUUUAAGCUCCCCGCACAACCUGUCAAGUAUGUACCUGCAGGGAAUCUUCGUCUGACCGUUGAGAGAGAAUACGACAUUAGCGCGAAAGCACUGUUCCAUGUUGUUUUUGGUGACAAGAGCGCACUCUGGCAGUUGUUGCAACAUGAACGUCGAGCUAGAAACUUGACGCAAGGUCCGUGGCUCAAUCUCAGUGAAGGCCGCUUGCGAAGAGAAUUCGCCUUCGAUAUCCCGACAAAAGCCCUUCUCGGUGGCGAAAACCUGAUACAGGUUCGGGACUACCAAGUCGUGGAUGUGAGUAACGAUCACCUGUGUUAUGUUGUUACAGAUAAAAGAACUCCAUGGCAUCUUCCAUACAAGAACAGCCAGCGACUCGUUAGCAAGAUUGUUAUUACGCAUGCAGCAAAGGGCAAGUGCAAGCUCGCCAUCUUCGUGAAGGUAGAGUGGCUACGAGCAGCUUGGAUGUUAGGAGGUGUGAUAGAAAGACAAGCAAUGUAUGAUCUCGAACUGGACUCACAAGAUCUGGCAGAUCUUGUCUCGGAUCAAGUCAGGAAACUUGGUGCACACAGCAGGACGAAAAAAGCCGUCCAAAUCUUUGGCCAGGUUGGCCAUUCAACAGAAUCGACUCAACUACAAAUCGAUGCUUCUGCUGUCAAUAUUGAGCUCAGGCGACAGCCCGUAUCAAGAACAAUGACAGGCCUCAUGAUCCAUACCGCCCUUUCAGCGGGAGAAAGUGCAGCCGGUACAAUCUUACAAACGCUUCUGGAUAUCCUCAAGUGGCUCAGCAAGAUUCUAUCAGCCAACAAAUUCAUCUUGCUGGCCUUGAUGUUUAGCGUUCUUUACAACAGUUGGCAUACUUAUCGAGACACAUUGGGCUGGUGGCAUGAACGCAGAGCGGGAAACUUCAUGGCGCGACUUGGCAUUUCCCCAGAUGUUGUCAUGAGUCGAGCCGUGUAUUAUGACGAUCUGGACGAGAUCCUUCAUCAGAGCGGGAACAUGCCGCCUCGCGACGCAAGCACAUGCUAUGCUGUCUUCUAUGAUGAACAUGAUCCGGAGCUGAUGCCCAGCCGACCUGGGACUGAGGGUGCACGGAUUCAGCAGACACGCCAAAGACUAGGGAAAUAUCGACAUGACCUGUUCGUGGCAGUCCGGGUGGUUAACCGCGUUGAAAGGGAACUUGUGCAAUCUGCCUGGCAGCAAUGGCUGGUCGAUGAGAAUCGAAGAUGCCAGGUGGUAGAAGGUUUAGUCUUGCACGAUGCUGAACAAAACUCCACGGGGCAUACUGCAGAAGUGCAUAAUUGGUAUGAUGAAUACUGUACAAGCUGCCGCGAUGAGUACCUCAAGCUCCGUGCAUGA